AUGUUUUCUCUGAAACGACUGAGAUCUCCUUCUCCAGAGGAUGAACCAAGAGGAGAAAACAGGAUUUUUAAGACGACAGUUCGUGAGAGAGGCGCCACACCCAGCUCUGAUCCCAACACGGACAUGGCAGAGGUACGUGAUUCGAAUCCAAACUCUACUGACCAACUCUUACGAGAAAUUUUGAACAAAGUAUCCGGCCUGGAAAAUUUAUAUAAGAAAGUUGAUAUUAUUUCUCAGAAAGUUAUCAGCAUUGAAAGGAAAGUAGAAGCAUUGGAUACAAGGAUCAUAGAUUUAGAGCAGGGUUUUGAGUUCAUUGAAACAGAAGUUAUGGAUUUGAAACGGCAAGUUGAAGAAAUGAAGGAAAUGAAAGCGGAUGUGAAAUAUGCAAAUGAGUUAAAGCGGAAUGUUGUUGAUCUCGUGAAUAGGAGCAAGAGGAAUAACGUCGUACUCCAUGGAAUUCCGGAGGGAGUCGAAGGUGACGCGCAUGACUGCUCGCAUUUCGUCAAGGAAUUCUUCGAUACGCAUAUGAAUGUUUCCAACGUAGAGGUCGAAAGAGCACAUAGAACGCCGGGUGGAAGAUCUAGACAAAGAGAUGCAACCAUGGCAACAGCACGCCCCCGUCCCAUUCACGUGAAGCUACUGAGAUUCAACGACCGAGAAAAGAUUCUGAAAAGGAGUGCUGCGCUGAAGGACGUCCGCAUACAAGAUAAGAAAAUAGGAAUUAGCGAUGAUGUACAUCCGGAGACACGCGAGGAGCACAAAAAGCUGAUGAUAAGAGUGAAGAAGCUAAGAGAAGAAGGAAAGUUUGCGUUCAUACCUAACUCCAUUCCCAGAGUAAUUAAGUACAAGGAAGGUGCUAAAGAUAGUCCAGGACCGUUGAAAACACUCCGCGUGACAGACUUACAAUAG